AUGUUUUACGGAAGCUUCCGAAGGUCAUACAAGAAUAAACAUUAUGUGGGUUCUAUUUCUAAUUCUUAUUCUUCUAUCUACCUAUACGUGCUGCAAUCGGAGUUUCGCUUGGCAUCGUGCUUUCUCGUAAUAAUUCGACUUCUACUACGACAACAACUACAACAGGUAUUUGAUUCACAAUGUGUAGUUCUAUGUUUACACAAUUAG